AUGGCCACAUCCGGCAGGAUCAGUUUUACAGUGAGGAGCAUUUUGGAUUUACCAGAGCAAGAUGCUAAUAGCAUAAAGCAAGACUCUGAGCAUCACCACUCAGCGGAGAACUACACCGGCUCGCCGUACCGAGGGUGGAUAGAAACAGACAGAAAUCAUUAUCCUUCUUCCGACGAGAGCGGUCCGGAGAUGAGCUUGCCUGACUCCACCCAAAGGUCGCUUCCCGUCCGCGGCUCGGAGGCCGAGGAGAAGAAGAAGAAGCGGCGGGUGCUCUUCUCCAAGGCGCAGACGCUGGAGCUGGAGCGGCGGUUCCGGCAGCAACGGUACCUCUCGGCUCCGGAGCGGGAGCAACUGGCCCGGCUGCUCAGCCUCACCCCCACGCAGGUGAAGAUCUGGUUCCAGAACCACCGCUACAAGAUGAAGCGGGCGCGCAGCGAAGGUCCCGGCAGUCCCCCGCCGCGCCCGCCCGCCCUGCUGCGCCGGGUGGUGGUACCGGUGCUGGUGCGGGACGGGGAGCCCUGCCGCGGCUGCCCCGCCAGCCCACCGCCCACCCCACGGCCCAAGCUGGGCUGCGCCCUGGCGGGAUGCAGCGCCCAGGCCGCCCUCGCCCUGCAGGGUUACGGAGCCUGCCCGCCCGCUGCCCUCGGCGUCUUCCCCGCGUACCAGCACUUAGCGCACCCCGUCGUCUCCUGGGGAUGGUGA